GGGAUAAUCACCAGUUUUGAUUGCUUGUUUGAUUUCAAUCCGACAAUUUUUGUUUUCUUUAAUGUCAAAAGUCGAGGUAAACGGAAGGCGUUAAUUAUGGCAGUAAUACUGAAAUCAAAUCAAUAGUGGUAUCUAGACUAUUUUUCAGGCCGGGCUACUGAAAAAAGUCCUGAUUUUAUGAAACCUCGAUGGUAUUUCUCUUGAGAUAAGGCAGCAAAUAUAAUGUAAUCAGUGAAGGAAAACCGUCUUUCCGUAAAAAGUAAAUCCCCUUGACGGCUUAUUAGAUUUAACCUAUAAGAGAUCUCUAAUGAUUUGCUUAGCGUAUUACAAAUGUUUAGACAGGACUUCCGUAUUGUUCACAACAUCCGGCCAAAAUAUAUGAUUAGCGUAUUGUAAUUACUGUUCAAGUGUGCAAUGAUUGAAUAAGCCUGAGAUUUCUCUCGAAACAGGGCCAGAAAUCGGACGGUUUAUAAGAUUUUCGUCAGCCAUUGUUUGAAGAAGGGGAAAUUUUACAGUUUUGAAAAAGCACCUUCCUGGAAUCUCUAGUUUUAUUUUUAUUAUUCCUUGACAUUCGAAAGUUUUAUUUCUAAUGAAUUUCACACUACUUUCGACUGCCUUUUCGAUAUUUUUGUUAUCAGUAUGCUUGGUUCUCGUAAGAACAUCCGAUGUGAAAUCGAAGCCAGCGCCCGAAAAGGGACAAAAUGUUUGCGCGUAUCAAAGAGUGAAAACACAAUUGGUGUUACGACGAAAUGCAACUUCCACAAGGAACUUAAAAAUUGUGGACUGCGGCAUUCCUUCUUUUCCAAAACUAAAAUGUAAAGAAGAAAGAAAUGAAACAAAGAUUUACUGGUACCCAGUACGCGAGUUUAUUCACUAUAACAUCUUCGACUGUUGUCCGGGAUGGAUUGGGUACAAACCAAAAGUUGGGUGCAAGGAACGUGUUCCUUGUGGUGUGGCCAUCCCUCAAAAAGCUCCCUUACAUUGCCACGAAAGCAGAGGUAAAGACUUAACAAAACAUCGAGGAAUCUACAAACUGGGUCACGUGAACAAUCUUCCUUUUCCUAUGAGCGACAUCAAUGCGUAUCUGUUAAUUAACCUCACACUGGCUGAUCCGUUUACUGAAACGUGGAUGAAGUUGUAUGGUUAUAUGUUGAAGAAAAAUCUGGCGCUCAUUCAGAGCUUUCCCAAGACGAAUACGAAAGAAUUCACAAAGAUCUUCGACUACGAGGGAGUGUAUCAUUUCUUUAUCAAGCAACAGCAGAAUGAAGAAAUGGUUCGCCCGUUUUUCCGCUUUCCUUCUCAAGAGGAACCCUUCAAAAGCGUCAUCAAUAAUAUCACGUGGCGUGAAGAUCGGGUGUUCACCGAGCAGCGGUUAGCUGGACUCAAUCCUAUGUCGCUGAUGAAAGUUACCUCUGGUCAAGAUUCUGUCGGUGUUAAAUGGUCUGAUCUCAAAUCACGCUUGAAUCAAAACUACGACUGGGACGCCGCGGUCACGAGGAGCCUGGGAAAGAACAUUCUGCUUGAAGAAGCUAUUGCCGAUGGGUCCAUUUUCGUUGCCCAGUACCCAGUCUUCGACAACCUCGUUACAGUGCCGGACAUCACUGAACACAGGCCCACGCGGAAAAUGUGGCCCGCAAUGUCUCCAAUAGCAUUGUUCGUCUCGCGUCCAGGGAAAAGUGGUGCGCCUGCGCAGUUACGACCAGUGGCUAUCCAGCUUGAUUAUACGCCUGACUCCCAGGUCUACUCCCCUGAGGAUGGAGACCUAUGGGCUCUAGCUAAAGAGAGCUUUCAAGUAACGGACUUCGCUUACGUGGAAAUGGUGGAACAUCUACUGAAGACCCAUCUCAUGAUGGAGCCGUUCUGUGUGUGCGUUCUGAGACACCUGUCAAAAUUGCACCCUCUGCACCAGCUACUUAAGUACCACUGCAGAGGUUUACUGCCGACCAACAAAGUGGGUUUUCCUAAACUGGUAGAUGACAAAGCUUACAUGCAUCAGUUAUUUGCCAUUGGUAAUAUCGGCGCUGUUACUCUGUUGGUCCGUGCUUAUCAGACCUUAACGUGGGCUGAUACGGACUUCAGAGCCAAAAAUAAGGCACGAGGAAUCGAUGACCGGUCCAAAUUACCAUAUUUUCCGUACCGAGACGAUGGAGAAGUCAUAUAUCAGGCCACGGAAGAUCUCGUCAACGAUUACGUUAACUUUUAUUACGCCGCUGACAAUGAUGUACUGGAGGACCAUGAAAUCCAAGGUUUCGCCAACGAGGUGUCAUCCGAUGGCCUGGGCAGUAACGGCGGUCAAGGAAAGGUGCUUAUUUACUGA